GCACGCAUGUUCCAACAUCAUUUGUUUUCCGAAACUCAUAGAUAACGCAUAUAUUUUUUCGCCGGUCGAAGAUAUACUGAAAACAAAUUGCAAUCAUGCCAAAGAAAAACAAGAAGGAAGAAUCCUCAGACUCCGAUUCUGGUCCAGAGGAUAGAGGACCGGCGCCUAAAAAACCGAAACCUUCUUCAACAUCGAAUAAAUCCGGCGAAGAUGAAAAUAGCUGGGACCUGGGCAAGAAUAGAUUCGUAAAAUUAUCCGAAUUUAAAGGAAAAUGGUAUGUCAACAUCAGAGAAUUUUAUGAUGCUGGUGGUGAACUUAAACCAGGCAAGAAAGGUAUCAUGUUGACCAUGGAACAAUGGCAAAAAUUCAAAGGAUACAUGGGUGAAAUUGAAGAUGCCAUUAAAAGGAAUGUCUAAUUUGUUCCAUUUUGUUUGUGGUUAAAAUAAUAAUUUAAAUUGACUGUUCUGUUUGUAAAGCUCUCAAGUAUGUCUUAUAGAUUACAGGUGUGAGUGUAAAUAAAAAUUUCUAAUUUC